GCCUAAUUUAUAUAUCGUAUUCUAAAAAUCUCAAAAUUCAUAAACCCUCACGUCGGAGGGAGAUAGAUACACUUACACUCACAGUCGAAAUUAAUCCCACUAAUUUAAUCAAUCACAUGUGAAGUACCCACCACCAGAUCUGUUCUCUCAAAUCAUCGCUAAAAAUGAAGAUGAUCGGAGACUUAUUUCUCUGCUUAUCGAUCGCGCUAAUUUUCUCAAUCUCAGCUGUUUCCGCUGAUUUGAUUAACGGUUGUGGCGGAUUCGUCGAGGCGAGUUCAUCUCUGGUAAAGUCAAGGAAUCCAAGCGCCACAAAAUUGGAUUAUUCUGACAUCACGGUAGAGCUUCGUACUGUAGAUGGAUUGGUAAAGGAGAGAACACAGUGUGCUCCCAAUGGUUACUACUUCAUUCCAGUCUAUGACAAGGGCUCAUUUGUUAUUAAAAUCAAUGGACCGGAAGGAUGGUCGUGGGACCCAGAAAAAUUCCCAGUUGUCGUUGAUGAUAUGGGCUGCAACCGCAAUGAAGAUAUUAAUUUUCGAUUCACAGGGUUCACUAUAUCUGGUAGAGUUGUGGGAGCAGUUGGUGGAGAGAGCUGUUCUGCAAAGAAUGGUGGUCCUUCGAAUGUUAAUGUUGAACUUCUGUCUCCUAACGAUGAUCUCAUUUAUUCUAUUGUAACCUCACCAGACGGGAGUUACUUGUUCAAAAAUGUUAUUCCAGGAAAAUACAAAGUUCGUGCUUCACAUCCUGAUUUGAAAGUUGAAGUUAGAGGUUCCACAGAGGUGGAAUUGGGGUUUGAAAAUGGCAUAGUUGAUGACAUUUUCUUUGUCCCUGGAUAUGAUCUUCACGGAUUUGUGGUUGCUCAGGGAAAUCCAAUUUUGGGAGUUCACAUUUAUCUGUAUUCGGAUGAUGUUGAAAAAGUAGAUUGUCCCCAAGGCUCUGGUGAGGACGUGGGGCAAAGAAAGCCUCUCUGUCAUGCUGUAACCAAUGCUGAUGGAAUGUUCAGAUUUAAAUCACUACCAUGCGGUCAUUAUGAGCUUGUUCCAUCCUACAAGGGUGAGAAUACGGUAUUUGAUGUUUCACCUCCUCUCAUGUCGGUUUCUGUUGAGCAUCAGCAUGUAACAGUUCCCCGACAGUUUCAGGUCACAGGAUUUUCUGUGGGGGGUCGCAUAGUUGAUGGGAAUGGUAUGGGAGUUGAAGGAGUCAAAAUCAUUGUUGAUGGUCACGAAAGGUCUGCAACUGAUAAAGAAGGCUAUUACAAGCUUGACCAGGUUACAUCAAAUCGUUAUACGAUAGAGGCCAAGAAGGAGCAUUACAAGUUCAACAAGUUAAAGGAGUAUAUGGUUUUGCCAAAUAUGGCUUCAAUUCCAGAUAUUACAGCAAUCUCCUAUGAUGUCUGUGGUGUAGUAAGCAUGAUUGGUUCUGGAUACACGGCAAAGGUAGCCUUGACCCACGGACCUGAGAAUGUCAAACCUCAAGUCAAACAGACAGAUGGAAAUGGCAAUUUCUGCUUUGAGGUUUCACCCGGUGAGUAUCGCUUAUCUGCUUUGGCUGUUACACCUGACAGUGCUCCUGGACUUUUGUUUUCACCAUCUUAUGCUGAUGUUAUAGUCAAAAGUCCAUUGCUGGAUGUACAAUUUACUCAGGUACUUGUCAAUAUUCAUGGUUCUGUUACUUGCAAGGAGAAGUGUGGUCCAUCAGUUUCUAUCACCCUUGUGAGAUUGGCUGGUAAACAUACAGAAGAAAGAAAGUCUGUUAGUUUGACAAAUGAUAGUGAUGAAUUUCUCUUUCAGAAUGUCGCGCCUGGAAAAUACAGGCUUGAGGUUAAACAUGGUUCCUCAAAAGCUGUGCCCAAUGAAGAUAAUUGGUGCUGGGAACAGAGCUUCAUCAAUGUGGAUGUUGGUGCUGAGGAUGUUGCAGGAAUUGCUUUUGUUCAGAAAGGUUACUGGAUAAAUGUUAUCUCAACCCAUGAUGUGGAUGCUUCCAUGAUUAAGCCAGAUGGUUCGUCCAUUGAUUUGAAAAUCAAGAAAGGUUCACAGAAUAUAUGCAUGGAAUCUCCUGGAGUACAUGAGCUGCACUUUGUUAACUCCUGUAUUUUCUUUGGGAGCUCGCCAAUAAAAAUUGAUACAUCAAACCUGCUGCCUAUCUAUCUGAAAGGAGAGAAGUAUCUUCUUAAAGGACAAAUCAGUGUCGAGUUAGGCUCAGCUGAUGGUGGAUAUGAAUUACCUAAUAAUAUCAUUGUAGACAUCCUUAAUAGUGAGGGCAAUCUAUUUGAUGGUACCGCUGCCAUCCUUGUAUCACAUGAAGAUGAUCAAACUGGAUCUGCCUUUUUUGAGUACUCUGUGUGGGCUAAUCUUGGAGAGAAACUUACCUUUGUUCCUCGGGACCCUAGGAACAAUGGAGAGAAGAAGAUCUUGUUUUACCCCAGAGAACAAAAUGUUUUGGUGGCAAAUGAUGUUUGCCAAUCUCCAAUCCCCCCAUCAUCUGGCCGAAUGGGGCUGUACAUAGAAGGAUCAGUUUCUCCCCCUCUUUCUGGUGUUCACAUAAAGAUUAUUGCUUCCGAAGACAGCAAAAUUACUCCACUCAAGAAAGAUGAAAUAGCAUUUCAAACUGCUACAGGAGUGGAUGGUUCUUUUCUUGGGGGCCCUCUAUACGAUGAUAUAACUUACAGAGUUGAGGCUUCAAAGCCUGGCUAUCAUCUUAAACGUGUAGGGCCUCAUUCCUUUUCUUGCCAGAAGCUAGGUCAAAUUUCUGUACACAUAUACUCCAAAGAUGAUUCUAAUGAACCCAUUCCUUCUGUGCUAUUGUCAUUGAGCGGUGAUGAUGGUUAUAGGAACAACUCAAUAUCUGGGACUGGUGGAACUUUCCACUUUGAUAACUUAUUUCCUGGCACUUUCUAUUUGCGUCCUCUACUGAAGGAGUAUGCUUUCUCGCCAUCAGCUCAAGUAAUAGAACUUGGUUCUGGGGAGUCUAGAGAAGUCACUUUCCAUGCCACCCGUGUUGCUUACAGUGCUACAGGUACUGUCACACUAUUGUCUGGCCAGCCAAAAGAAGGUGUCUCAGUUGAAGCUCGGUCUGUGUCAAAAGGUUACUAUGAGGAGACAGUAACUGAUUCGUCUGGAAGUUAUAGGCUGAGAGGGCUUGUACCUGAGGCAACCUAUGUAAUUAAAGUAGUAAAAAAGGAUGGCUUGGGUACCAAUAGAAUUGAGCGUGCAUCACCUGAAUCUGUUACUAUUCAGGUUGGAUCAGGGGAUAUAAGGGAUUUGGAUUUUGUGGUCUUUGAACAGCCAGAAGUGACCAUUUUAAGUUGCCACGUGGAGGGACAGAGAAUGAAAGAACCACAGUCACAGCUAUUGGUUGAGAUCAAGUCGGCAAGUGGUUCAUCCAAGACUGAGACUGUCUUUGAGCUCCCAGUGUCCAACUUCUUUCAAGUGAAGAAUUUACCCAAGACUAAACAUCUCCUGCAGCUUCGAACAAGUUUGCAGUCAAGAACCCACAAAUUUGAGUCGGAGAUUAUUGAGGUUGACCUUGAGAGGACAGCCCAGAUCCAUGUGGGCCCACUGCGAUAUAGUUUUGAGGAGGAUCACCAGAAACAGGAAUUAACUCCAGCACCAGUGUUCCCUCUCAUAGUUGGUGUUUCUGUAAUUGCCCUUUUCAUCAGUAUGCCAAGAUUGAAGGAUCUGUAUCAAGCCACUGUGGGAAUACCGACACCAGGAUUUAUGACAAUUGCUAAGAGGGAACCACGAAAGCCAGCUGUGAGAAAAAAGGCAUACUGAAGAUCCCUUUUGUGCCUAUGGAAAGCACGAUGGUAGAGUUGAAUAUGAGCCAUUCUCAAUUCUCCGUUUAGUAACGCAGAACACAGAGUUAACUUGUGUGAGAACACUAGCACUUACACAGACUGGAGUUUCUUUCUUUCUUUCUUUCAGAAUCCCUAGAAUACAAGUUCUCUGAUUUGUAGAAGCGAAAAAAGCAGAUCUAGUAACACACACUUUAGUUAUUUUUCCUCUUCUUUCUGUUCUUUCCAUUUUUGUUUAUGUUGUAUUUUGGAUUAGCUUUCAGCAAAUAGAACAAUAAUUCCAGUAGAAUGCCACCAA